CCCCUCCCUCCCUCUCCAUGAUACACCCAUGAAAGCCUCUGGAUCUCUCAUUUACGAAUCCUUGAAGCCGCAAAAUUUCAUCUCAUCGGUAAACAGACAAGAUGUCGUACAACGAUCACGAUCUCCGGGACAAACACCAAGUCCGCCGCCGGCACCACUCACCAACGUACUCCGACUUGAGCGUCGGAAGCCCAGAAUAUAGCCCGACAAGGGACGCCGGCGCAGUUCGUGUCGCACACAAACACUACGAGUCUCCCGACCGCAGAGACCGCGUCGCAGUCUACGAAGAAGACAGAUACAGACCAAGAAGUAGGGAGUACUACUACGAAGAAAGGCGUCCGCGAUCGCGACCAAGAUCCGAGGUGUACGACUACGACCGCGACCACAGUCAUCACAGCCACAGACAUGGGCACCAUCGCCACCAUAGCCACACACACAGUAGAAACAAACGGAGGCAUUCCACCUCUGGGCCCAAUUGGGGCCAGGCCGCCGUUGCGGCUGCUAGUGCCGGUAUCAUCGAGGCUGGGCUGGCGCGGCAUGACAGGGACCGGACUGCGAGAGUCAUGACGGCGGCGGCGGGAGCCGGGGCGAUUGAUGCCGUCGCUGGGAAGCAUGGAGAGAAGCCGUCUAGAACGUGGGAGAAUGUUGUUGGUAGCACAGUAGGCGGGUUGGUUGUUGAUCGUAUGGCUCAUGGAUCGGGACGCCGGCGUUGAGUGCACGGCGAGGGAUGCCGGAGUAGCGCUUGUGUUGAGUAAUGCAGUUCCUUUGGGAACCUCAUUCGUAAUAUUGAAGAUGCGUAACACCUGU